UGACUGGGUAUUGUACAUUUUUUCCAACAUUAUGCAAAGUCAUAUCGAGUGUUUCCCAUGAUGAAUUUGACGCGAUGGGACCCAACGCUGGUGACUUUCUUCAGCAAAAAUGGCUGACAAGAAUACUACGAUGGAAGCAAAUUCCCCACAGAUGCUGUUGAGAGUCCAGAACUGGAAUAUGCUGACAUCAAUUUUCUAAAGAAGAUGGAGAAACACAGGGAGGUUCCAGAGGAUGUGGGGUAUGGACAGGUUGUAUGUAGUAUUGAAGGGUUCCAGACCAACCACAGAGAGAGACAGACCUGAGGGGCGGGAGGAGACUGUAUGCUGGAAUACAUCUUGACCAAUGAGAGAGAUUCUUGUGAAGGGUUGAUAUUUAGACAUAACAUUAAAGCUCUGUUGCUUCUUUUGUUACUGUAACUAUUAGUAUCUAACGUUCCCAUAUUUCUGUACAUAUUUUCAUAAAAUGUAAAUGAACAACUAAACUGUAUACACUUGCCGUAGUGUGUCCUUCUGUUAUUGAUUUAAUAUGUUUUUGUAACGUUUGCUUCCAACUCACACUCUCAAACACGUAGAUCCCCUGAACGCAGCUCACUCUCCAAAUCCCAAUCACCUGAAUUUUGAUCACCUGUUCACACACCUGUAUGUCAUCUACACACACUAUGUUGUUCAGUUCUUGCACCCCAUCACUAUGAGGUAUUGUUUGUUUUGUGACACGUCUUUCAGAGUGCUGGUUGUUCCAGUGAUUUACUUCUCCCGUGUAUGAUAGUGUUUGCCUGCCUCACUAACGACGCCUUUUUGCCUUUUUUUGCCCCGGAUUUCCUGUUAUAUACAGUGGGGAGAACAAGUAUUUGAUACACUGCCGAUUUUGCAGGUUUUCCUACUUACAAAGCAUGUAGAGGUCUGUAAUUUCUUAUCAUAGGUACACUUCAACUGUGAGAGACGGAAUCUAAAACAAAAUCCAGAAACCCACAUACUAAAAUAACAUGCAAAACAGGCAACAACAAAAAAAGCUAGAUAAACAGGUGAACUCAAAACAGGUGUCCCACCUGCUCUGAAUUACGGGUCACCACUGGCUGUUAAUAUAAUGAAGAAGUGAGACUUCGAUGAGGCUCUUCCUCUUUCCUAUGUCAGAAACGAUGAAUAGGGUAAAAAUUACACCUCUUCUUUUGCUUGUCACACAAUGGGUGAAUUAUUCUGAGUGGCAGGAACAGCUAUCUCUCAUACUAUCCUUGCAUUGGUUUUUGUUUGUGCCGUAAAACAUUGCCAGAUUAUGGAAAUGCAGCUCUGAAUAGAAAAUAGAAGACUUUGUUGAAGUACCAAAGUUAAUUUGAUAAACUGAGACCCUGCAUUGUAAAGAGACAUGGAGGCUGUUUUAGGACUGUUGGUGAUCUCAGCAGGAGUGUCUCAUGGCUUGGAGACUUCCUGUGAUGCUAUACAGAAUGGAUCUCAGUGUUAUGGAGCUCUGGGAGGAACUGUCUAUCUCCAGCUGGUGACUGAUGCCACGAGGUAUGAUGAACUCUCAUUUUGGAAAGGCUCAACUGGUGCUAAAACAGAGAUACUCAAAAUGAAGAAGGACAAAUGGGUAAUAAAAUACACCCCCAUUGAAGACAGAGUACACUUCUUUAUAAACAAUGGGACAUUGAGGUUAAAUAACACACGAAGUACAGAUUCUGGUGAAUACCUGCAAGAAACAUUUAAUUCAGGAGGGGUAGCACAAGGGAGCAGAGGACUACAACUGUUCAUCAAAGCUCCAGUGUCCAGUCCUCAGCUGUCCUCUGAGUGUCUGUCUCAUGGAGAGAUGAGGGUGUCCUGCUCCUCUGAGGGGGAUGGUCCCCAGUACAGCUGGACUCUGGAUGGACAGACACUGAGCAACACUGAUGCCCCUCCUGAUAAUAAGACAAACACCAUCACUCUGAAGAAAGGCCUGUCAGGAAAUCUCACCUGUACGGUCAGAAACUACAUCAAUAGUGAUACUGUCAGCAGGAGAAUCUCACACUGUCCAGGGCUGAUAUAUGUUAACUGCACCUUAUCCAACGGGACAAAGAUAUCAGAGUGGGUGAAUGCCACUGGUAAUACCCUGUGUGUUGAGUCUACAACAGUGGUGACUGUGACUGAGUCUCCCACCAUUAAAAUCUUCACAGGUAAGGGCCAGGGGCAUGACACCCUAAUGAACUCCAGACCCAGCAAUCCCACUAACACCACUCAGACCCUUUGGAUUUUUACCACAAAGUACAUAGGGAUGGCAGCAGGGUCUCUGGCAGGAGUGGUCCUUGUCUUAUUGAUGGUGUUGGCAGUUUACUGUAUCCAGAAGAAAAAUAAACCUCCUUCAAAGGCUCAAGUUAUCUCUCUUUCCACAGUUAAGGGUGACAGCCAGGAUGUGGAAUACGCUGAUGUCAGGAUACUGAGGCAGGAAAUGAGACAGAAGGAGAGGGAGGUGCCGGUGGAGGUGGAAUAUGGGCAAGUGAACGAAGCGUGUGGUCCCCAGCAGCCGGUGGAGUUGGAGUAUGGACAGAUUACAAUAUUAGAGGGUCCCAGGAGGAAGGUAGACAUGCCUGAGGAGGAGUAUUGUAUGUAUGCCAGUGUACGGAAAGGACAGUGAGCAAGGUACUGUCUAGAUAGAAUAUGGUAGAAUAGAAUGAGCCUGAGAGUUGAAUCACUGGGAGUCUGAGUUGAAUCACUGGUGCUUCGCUCAAAUUUCUCCGUUCUCUUGAAGUGUUCACUUGUAGUCAUGGAUUUGAAAAGGAUGCCGAAAGCAAUCCUACACCAAUCCAAUGCUUUGACAUAUAUGUGGAGAGUAGUGAACAAGUGCAUGUUUCAGGGGAAAGGAGAGAUUAUUGGGAAUCAACCCCUGAGAGGCCCAGAGUUGACACAGAUGACAGACAUGUUGAAUCAUGUUGUCUUAGUUACAGUUCCAGCUGUGUGUUGCAUGUUGAUGCGUGUCAGUACAUAGUGUCUGUUUCCAGGAAGUGGAGACAUUACUUCUGUUUUUCUUGCCCACAUUUCUUUCUUUCCAAACUGUUUUUACACUUGGUUGUGUUGUGGUCACUUCUUGCUUUCAGAUGUGUGAUAUGUCACAAAAUAUUUACUGUUUUUGCUGUGUGAAUACAUCAUUCUUGAAUUAUUCUCUAAAAUUCAAUACUGUUUAAAGAAUUACUGAGGGGUUUGUAAUAAUUGCAUAACAGGAAUUCAUCAGGUAUCAUAGGCUACUUACUAAUUUCCAACGCCUUAAGUCAGUUCUUUAAAGCAUGUAGUCCAUCUCCCUAAAUGGAUCCAUAUAUGAUGUGUAGGUACUGUGUGCUGUAUAAAGGUAUAAUGUACUAUCUUAGAUAAGAUCACAAAUGUAUGUACAUACACUAAAUAUGUGGAUGCCAGUCCUCAUAGACAAACAACAAAUGAGUAUAUUUUAUUUUUUUAACAAAUAUGAUUUAUUUUUGAGCUUUUGCAAUCACAUGUUAAUAUUGUACAAUUUUCUCUUCUUCAAAAAUACAGUACAUGGCAAUAUCUUUUCACACCAUCAACAUAUUUGUUUCCACAUCUUUGGUUUCGCAGUUUAUAAAGUUGCUAAUGCAUUUCCUGUUUGAAUCACAUUAUUUCCAGUCGAGAAUCCCCUCAGCCAGAGGUAAUCAACAGACUGAGUGGCUGAAAAUAUUAUACUGUGGCUUUUUUGGAGACAUAACGAAGUAUGGUGAUCUCCCCAUAUGUACUCGAACUAAGUAAUUAUGCUGCAUAUCAAAAUAAGACAAGAACACAUUGCGAAGAGGAUGUUGAGAAAUUAGGAUACUGAUGUUUCUAACAGUGUUGACAACAUUGACAAUCAUUUCUCAUGCUUCAUUGUUGAUGCCAUUGUGUGAUGAAAAAAUUGUGAUUUGAUAAUAAAAGCUUGUUUUUUAAAAGCAA